UGAUAACGGACAGGACUGUCCAAGCUGUCGGUGUUUAAGACAGGUUGGGUCUUCGUGGCUAAUUCAGAGGCUAGUCUCUGUUGUAAAAAUAGUUGUUACAUCUUAGGUCCGUGUUCGAAUCCUGACCAUGAAUCUGGCCACACUGUUGUGCCUUUGUGCUGUGGCUGUUUUGGUUGCAUCUGAUAAGUGUUACAGCGGAUUUGGUUGUUUCAAAACCUUCGGGUCUUUCACGGCAUUGCCCCAGGCUCCCGAUGUGAUUAAGACAGCCUUUGAAUUGUACAACCGGCAUGGUAAGUCUGUCAUGCUUGCAACGGACAGUUCACACUGGAAGAAUUUGUUGAGCUCUGGACAUUUCAGCGCCAGUAAGGAGACGAAGUUCAUCAUCCAUGGCUUCUCAAACAGUGGUCAUACUUCAUGGGUGACAGAGAUGAAGGAUACUCUCUUGCAGAAGGGUGACUUCAACGUGAUCGUGGUCGACUGGGGCAACGGGUCCGCGUUCCCCUUCACCCAGGCGACAGCGAACACGUUCCUGGUAGCAGCAGAGGUGGGCAGGUUCAUCAAGUACUUGCGUUCGUCGCUCCACGUGGACCUGAACAAGGUCCAUCUAAUUGGUCACAGUCUCGGGGCUCAGAUCAGCGGGAAUGUAGGCGCCGCCGUCAGGGGCAUCAGGAGAAUCUCAGGUUUGGAUCCAGCCGAACCCUACUUCAUCGACUUCACAGACUCUAACCGCCUUGACAAGAGUGAUGCCGGCUUCGUCGACGUCAUCCAUACCGAUGCGGAGAAGUUUAGCGGCGUCGCAGGGUUUGGUAUGAAGAAAACAUGUGGGGACAUCGACUUCUACCCCAACGGGGGUGAGGAUCAGCCCGGAUGUUCCGACAACCCACUCGGCAGCCUUCUCGGUGGCCUUCUCGGAGGACAUAUUCAUCAGGCUACCGACACGGUGUCAUGCAGUCACGGGCGAUCUCAUAGAUACUUCAUAGAGAGCAUGAAGUCCAGCUCGUGCAAGUUCACAGGACACACGUGCAAGGACUGGGCUACAUACGAGACGGGAAACUGUCAUGGCUGCCCUUCUGGUGGAUGUCCAGUGAUGGGAUACAACGCUGAUCAAACCUCGGCCAGGGGAUCAUUCUACCUGAGCACAGGACAAACUAGUCCUUUCUGUGGGCAUGAGUUUUUCGUCGAGAUUGACCUUGCCUCUGUCGACGAGGACGCUUACGGCCGUCUAUACGUCACCCUAACAGGGUCAAAGGGCACAAGUGCAGAGGCAGAGUUCACGAGGGAAAACCGCCAUUACCACAAAUCUGACCACGAGAAACAUAUGAUCGCCAUUGCCAAGGACAUAGGAUCUGUGUCAGGGGUCAAGGUCAAAUUUGACAAAGGAAAAGGACUUGCAUCUUCAGGGAGCGACAGCGAAGUGAUCGUCAGCCGAGUCUUUGUCAGGGACGCAAACACGUCUCACCAGGUGAAAUUCUGUGCCCAUAACGCACAUGUAGCGGACGACAAAUCCGUAACGCUGACGUCACACAGUGGGUGUUGACGUCAUACAUUGGGUGUUUACACGUAACGUUGUACUGGCUCCUGUGUACUGUUUAAUAUGGUGGUCAAUAAAAUAGACUCAAGACACGGUU